AGAAGGAGGCUGUAACGCGGCGGUGAUUUUCUGCCAGGGCUUCCCUGAGGCGCACUGAAAAGGCUGGCGGGGCUCGGGAAACUGGGGGGUUAGGGACACACAUUCAAGCCCCCACCCCCUGGGAGGGGAAGGGGGCAGGCGGCGAGGCUCGGGGUCGGCGGAGGGAUGGUGUGCGGUCGGUGGGAAGGGGCGAGCCCUGCCUGUCGUUGGUGAGGGGCUGCGGGCAGGGGAGGCUCCGCGGGUCAAAGCGGCUCCAUGCCCACUGGUGGGUGAAACGUGUGGAGCGGAACGCGGAGGUCAAGUCUGACGGCCGCUCGCAACCCUUAACGUGGUAUCUAACGUGGGAUUUCAUUUAGCCCACGGUGGAUUAAUUCAUUGGGGGCAGCCUCGCUGGUCUGGCUCCUCCAGGAGCUGGGCAACCUUGACGGGCUUUUUGUCUUGCUGCUCCAACCCCUUCUCCCUUCCUCCUCCUCCUCCUCCAGAUGCCUUUUCUCUGCCCCUCCUCGCCCGGUACAGACAUUUCCAGGGCAGGCUGCUGCUCGUGGCUGCUGUCGGAGCCACUUCUCGGGAUUUCGGCUCGUUUCCCUCUGGGGUGUUUUUUGAGGAGGGAGCGUUUUUCUCCCCUCCACGAUGGGAUUUUCUUCCAGUGCCAAAAUGGACUUUCAUUGAUUUCUACUUACUUCUUCGACGUUUAGUGACCAAUUCCCUAGGGUUAUUUUUGUGGUAGUUCCUUUUUUCAAGUACAUUCUCUGUAAAAUGGAGAACGAGAUUUUUACUCCCCUUCUGGAGCAGUUCAUGACCAGCCCUUUGGUCACUUGGGUUAAAACGUUUGGACCUCUGGCUGCAGGAAAUGGGACCAACCUGGAUGAAUAUGUGGCUUUGGUGGAUGGGGUGUUCUUGAACCAAGUCAUGCUCCAAAUUAAUCCUAAAUCGGAGAGUCAGAGAGUAAAUAAAAAAGUCAACAAUGAUGCCUCACUUAGAAUUCAUAAUCUAUCCAUUUUGGUGAGACAGAUAAAAUUUUAUUACCAGGAGACUUUGCAGCAGUUGAUCAUGAUGUCAUUGCCAAAUGUCUUAAUCAUUGGCAAAAAUCCCUUUUCUGAACAAGGCACAGAAGAAGUUAAAAAGUUGCUUUUACUUUUACUGGGUUGUGCAGUUCAGUGUCAGAAAAAAGAAGAAUUUAUUGAAAGAAUUCAAAGUUUAGAUUUUGAUACAAAAGCAGCAGUUGCCGCACAUAUUCAAGAGGUAACCCAUAAUCAGGAAAAUGUGUUUGAUCUACAAUGGAUGGAAGUGACUGACAUGUCUCAGGAGGAAAUAGAACCACUCUUGAAAAACAUGGUAUUGCAUCUAAAAAGACUUAUAGAUGAGAGAGAUGAACAUUCGGAGACUAUCGUUGAACUCUCUGAAGAGCGGGAUGGUCUUCAUUUUCCACCCCAUGCCUCUUCAUCUGCACAGUCACCUUGUGGUUCUCCAGGCAUGAAGCGAACAGAAAGUCGACAACAUCUGUCAGUGGAACUGGCAGAUGCUAAGGCCAAGAUAAGAAGGCUUAGGCAGGAAUUGGAGGAAAAGACUGAACAGUUGUUGGACUGUAAACAAGAACUUGAGCAAAUGGAAAUAGAACUAAAAAGGCUGCAACAAGAGAACAUGAAUUUGCUUUCGGAUGCUCGUUCUGCAAGAAUGUAUCGAGAUGAAUUAGAUGCGCUUCGGGAGAAGGCCGUCAGAGUUGAUAAGCUUGAAAGUGAAGUUAGCAGAUACAAAGAGAGGCUACAUGAUAUUGAAUUUUAUAAGGCAAGAGUUGAGGAAUUAAAAGAAGACAAUCAAGUUUUAUUAGAAACAAAAACCAUGUUGGAAGACCAAUUAGAAGGAACUCGAGCUCGUUCUGAUAAAUUACAUGAAUUAGAAAAAGAAAAUUUACAACUGAAGGCUAAACUGCAUGAUAUGGAAAUGGAGCGUGAUAUGGAUAGAAAAAAGAUUGAAGAAUUAAUGGAAGAAAAUAUGACUUUGGAAAUGGCACAGAAACAAAGUAUGGACGAAUCAUUACAUCUUGGCUGGGAGCUGGAACAAAUAUCCAGAACUAGUGAAAUUUCUGAAGCACCACAAAAAUCCUUGGGCCAUGAGGUAAAUGAAUUGACAUCAAGUAGGUUGUUGAAGUUGGAGAUGGAAAAUCAGAGUUUGACAAAAACUGUAGAAGAGCUUCGGAGUACUAUGGAUUCUGCAGAAGGCGCCACUUCCAAGAUCCUGAAAAUUGAAAAAGAAAAUCAAAGACUAAGUAAGAAGGUUGAAAUUCUUGAAAAUGAGAUUAUUCAAGAAAAGCAAAGUCUUCAGAAUUGUCAGAAUUUAAGCAAGGAUCUAAUGAAGGAGAAAGCUCAGCUUGAAAAAACAAUUGAAACACUUAGAGAAAAUUCAGAGAGACAGAUUAAAAUAUUGGAACAGGAAAAUGAACAUCUGAAUCAAACUGUGUCCUCCUUAAGGCAGCGCUCCCAGAUAAGUGCUGAAGCAAGGGUGAAAGACAUUGAAAAAGAAAAUAAAAUUCUCCAUGAAUCUAUCAAGGAAACCAGUAGCAAGCUAAGCAAGAUUGAAUUUGAAAAAAGGCAAAUCAGAAAAGAGUUGGAACAUUAUAAAGAAAAAGGAGAACGAGCAGAAGAACUUGAAAAUGAGUUACAUCAUCUUGAAAAAGAAAAUGAAUUGUUACAGAAAAAGAUAACCAAUUUAAAAAUUACUUGUGAAAAAAUUGAGGCCUUAGAACAAGAAAAUUCAGAGCUAGAAAGAGAAAAUAGGAAAUUUAAAAAAACAUUGGAUAGCUUUAAAAACCUUACUUUUCAGUUAGAAUCCCUAGAGAAAGAGAAUUCCCAGCUUGAUGAGGAAAACUUAGAACUGCGAAGGAAUGUAGAAUCUUUGAAGUGUGCAAGCAUGAAAAUGGCUCAGCUACAACUAGAAAACAAAGAACUGGAAAGUGAAAAAGAACAACUUAAGAAAGGUUUAGAGCUCAUGAAAGCAUCUUUCAAGAAAACAGAACGCUUAGAGGUUAGCUACCAGGGUUUAGAUACAGAAAAUCAAAGGCUACAGAAAGCUCUAGAAAACAGCAAUAAAAAAAUUCAGCAGUUGGAAAGUGAACUACAAGACUUAGAGAUGGAAAAUCAAACAUUGCAAAAAAACCUAGAAGAGUUAAAAAUAUCUAGCAAAAGACUAGAACAGCUAGAAAAAGAAAACAAAUCAUUAGAACAAGAGACUUCUCAACUGGAAAAGGAUAAGAAACAACUGGAGAAGGAAAAUAAGAGACUCCGACAACAAGCAGAAAUAAAAGAUACCACAUUAGAAGAAAAUAAUGUGAAAAUUGGAAAUCUGGAAAAAGAAAACAAAACACUUUUCAAAGAGAUUGGUAUUUAUAAAGAAUCCUGCAUUCGUCUGAAAGAAUUAGAGAAAGAAAAUAAGGAGCUCGUGAAAAGAGCAACUAUUGAUAUAAAAACUUUAGUUACAUUACGAGAGGAUUUGGUGAGUGAAAAACUGAAGACUCAACAAAUGAAUAAUGAUCUUGAAAAAUUAACUCAUGAGCUUGAGAAGAUAGGGUUAAAUAAAGAGCGACUCUUACAUGAUGAGCAGAGUACUGAUGACAGAUACAAACUUUUGGAAUCAAAAUUAGAAUCCACUCUAAAGAAGUCCCUUGAAAUAAAAGAAGAAAAAAUCGCUGCAUUAGAAGCUCGAUUAGAAGAGUCCACAAAUUAUAACCAGCAGUUGCGCCAAGAACUUAAAACAGUGAAAAAGAAUUAUGAAGCUCUCAAGCAGAGACAAGAUGAGGAAAGGAUGGUACAGAGCUCUCCUCCAAUUUCUGGUGAAGAUAACAAAUGGGAGCGAGAAAGUCAAGAAACAACCAGAGAGCUUCUGAAAGUUAAAGACAGAUUAAUUGAAGUUGAAAGAAAUAAUGCUACACUGCAAGCAGAGAAGCAAGCAUUGAAAACUCAACUGAAGCAACUUGAGACACAGAACAAUAAUUUGCAGGCUCAGAUUCUUGCACUUCAGAGGCAGACAGUAUCAUUACAGGAGCAGAAUACCACUCUUCAAACACAGAAUGCCAAGCUUCAGGUUGAAAAUUCCACUCUUAAUUCCCAAAGUACCUCACUUAUGAACCAGAAUGCACAACUCCUAAUCCAGCAGUCUUCCUUAGAAAAUGAAAAUGAAUCUGUAAUCAAAGAGCGAGAAGACCUGAAAUCUCUCUAUGAUUCUCUGAUCAAAGAUCAUGAAAAGCUGGAACUUCUGCAUGAACGACAGGCUUCAGAGUAUGAGUCUCUCAUUGCUAAACAUGGAACUCUAAAGUCUGCCCACAAAAAUCUUGAGGUGGAACAUAAAGACCUUGAAGAUCGUUACAAUCAGUUACUGAAACAGAAAGGACAAUUGGAAGAUUUGGAAAAAACACUGAAAGUAGAACAGGAAAAAAUGCUGCUUAAAAACAAAAACCAUGAAACUGUAGCUGCAGAAUACAAGAAACUUUGUGGUGAAAAUGAUAGGUUGAAUCAUACAUAUAAUCAGCUUUUAAAAGAGACUGAAGUUUUACAAACUGACCAUAAAAACUUGAAAAGUCUUCUAAAUAGUUCCAGACUGGAACAAACAAGAUUAGAAGCUGAAUUUUCAAAGUUAAAGGAACAAUACCAACAACUGGACAUCACAUCCACCAAGCUAAAUAACCAGUGUGAGUUGCUAAGCCAACUUAAAGGAAAUUUAGAAGAGGAAAAUCGACAUCUACUAGAUCAAAUUCAGACAUUAAUGCUACAGAACAGAACACUAUUGGAGCAGAAUAUGGAAAGCAAGGAUCUUUUUCAUGUUGAACAAAGACAGUACAUUGAUAAGUUAAAUGAAUUAAGACGACAAAAGGAGAAAUUAGAAGAGAAAAUUAUGGAUCAGUACAAAUUUUAUGACCCAUCUCCUCCUAGAAGGAGAGGCAACUGGAUUACUCUAAAAAUGAGAAAAUUGAUAAAGUCUAAGAAAGACAUUAAUCGGGAGCGUCAGAAAUCACUAACAUUAACACCAACCCGCUCAGACUCCAGUGAAGGAUUUCUUCAACUCCCCCAUCAAGAUAGUCAAGAUAGUUCUUCAGUAGGUUCAAACUCUUUAGAAGAUGGCCAAACUCUGGGGACCAAGAAAAGCAGCAUGGUUGCACUGAAAAGACUGCCCUUUUUGAGGAACAGACCGAAGGAUAAAGACAAAAUGAAGGCCUGCUACCGUCGUUCCAUGUCCAUGAAUGACCUGGUGCAGUCCAUGGUCCUAGCAGGAGGACAGUGGACAGGUAGUACUGAGAAUUUGGAGGUUCCUGAUGAUAUUUCAACGGGUAAAAGGAGAAAAGAAUUGGGAGCUAUGGCCUUCUCUACUACAGCCAUCAACUUUUCAACUGUCAACUCUUCUACAGGCUUCAGAUCCAAGCAGUUGGUUAAUAAUAAAGAUACUACAUCCUUUGAAGACGUAAGUCCACAAGGUAUUAGUGAUGAUUCUAGUACGGGAUCAAGAGUUCAUGCUUCGAGACCAGCCAGCCUUGAUAGUGGCAGAACAUCCACUAGCAAUAGCAAUAAUAAUGCUUCACUCCAUGAAGUCAAAGCAGGUGCAGUUAAUAUCCAAAGCAGGCCACAAAGCCACAGCAGUGGAGAAUUUAGCCUGCUUCAUGAGCAUGAGGCGUGGUCCAGCAGUGGUAGCAGUCCAAUCCAAUACUUGAAAAGACAGCCCAAAUCAAGUCCAGUGCUCCAGCACAAAACACUAGAGAGUCGAGCACAUCACAAGGUCAAAACUGGUUCCCCUGGAAGUGAAGUUGUUACUCUACAACAGUUUUUGGAAGAAAGCAACAAGCUUACCUCAAUACAGAUAAAGCCCUCAAGUCAAGAGAAUCUUUUAGAUGAAGUAAUGAAAAGUUUGUCUGUCUCUUCUGACUUUUUGGGAAAAAACAAACCAGUUAGCUGUGGUCUGGCCAGGUCAGUAAGUGGAAAAACUCCAGGAGACUUCUAUGAUAGACGGACAACUAAGCCUGAACAAUUUGUGAGACCUGGUCCUCAAAAGACUGAAGAUACCUAUUUCAUUAGUUCUUCAGGAAAGCCUACACUAGGCACUCAAGGAAAGAUAAAAGUAGUAAAAGAAACUUCUCUGUCACGACAAUCAAAAGAUAGUAAUCCCUAUGCCACUUUACCUCGUGCAAGCAGUGUGAUCUCUACUGCUGAAGGAACUACCCGAAGGACAAGCAUCCAUGACUUUUUGACCAAGGACAGUAGACUACCUAUGUCAGUUGAUUCACCACCAGCUACUGCUGAUAGCAGCAUCACUGCAACAUCUAGUGAGUACCGUUUACACCAGUGGUCCUCUCAUCCACUUCACAGUCCAACUUAUGCUGUAGGUUCUCAAGCACAAAAUGAUUUAGCUACAGACAAGCCCACGUCUCCAUAUGCCCAGGCCAGAAACUCAAGAACAGAAAGGUCACAUUUUCUAAACCAAACUUUUGCCACUGUUAAUAUGUCUAAUGAUGCAUUUGGAAUAUCAGCUAAAGAUAGCAUAGACUCAUUUACUGUGGCUCAUCCAUCUCAGCCAUUUUUAUCCCUGAAUACAGAAUUAGUUAGUAACAUAAGUGGGCUACCUCCCAGACCAGUCACCAGGCUAACUGACCAGGCUUCUACUUCUUUGGAUAAAGCUGCACAGAAAGAUACUGAGCAGUUUUCUGAUAAUCAGAACUGCAGUAACAGUAACCCACAGUCUUCUGUAGUUAGCAAUAAUCUUAUCACUCCUGCAUGCCUGUAUCCUGAUGACACAGAAGCUGCAUUGUUGGUUUCUGAGGAUAAUCAAACUGUUUGGUAUGAAUAUGGUUGUGUAUGAUCAAAACUGCACAAUAUAAUACUGAUGUCAUUUGAUAUGCUCUAUGCUUCUCUAAUCUGAUUUGAAGAGCUGCUGUUGAAAAGUAUCAUUUGGCUAGGUUUAUACUUUUAUUUUUAAAUUGUAGAUAGUGUUCAGGUGUACAUUGUGGCAUGUAUAUAAAUGUGAUUAUGUAACCACAACAAAGCUUGCAUGAAAUAUUAAUUGCAUUGUACAUUUUUUGCAUGACUUUAAGAACCUUAACAAUACAUGCUCCUCUUUGACAUUUCUUGUCACCUAAUAAGAGAUUGUUACUUUGAUACCUAGAAGCAUGUUAAAAUGGUUGCAUGCUAUAAUUACCAACAAGGCAUUUCCAAGUCAUAUUUACUUCAUUGGUUCCAAAAAAGAAUGCUCAUUGUCUCUCUCCCUCCCUUUGCUCCCCUUUCCCUCUCUCCCUACCUCUCUUCCUCUUCUUUUUUUUUUUCCCAAAAUGUGCACUUCAUAUUGCACGUGUAUAGUAUUAGUAAGGAAAACAUGUUAAAAAGAUGUCAUUUUCUUUUGCCAUUUAAUUAUGCCUU